UCCAGGAUCCUGAUACGUGGCUGUUUUGGGAAAGCCGCGCUGACCGACAGUCACUUGUGUGCUGCAGCUAGCGGAUCCCUGCCCUCAGCAGCUGGGAGCGUGGAGAAUCUCAGCGGCGCAAGCCAGCCUUCAUCAAGCCGGCCUGGAUGGCAGGGACACACUGGUGCAAAGACUGUCGAAACCACAAGCAUUACUGGUUGCAAGUGCUCUUUGGACCGUGGGACGGAUGAAAGGUGGAAGCUGUUGGAGGCCCAGCUGGGCUGUAGCUGCUCUCUUUAUCCCGGUUACUCUGCUGAUGCUGACCUCGAGAGGGGCAUUAAGCAGCCAGAAGAUGACACAAACAACUAUGGCUCAUGCAACUGCCACGGCUGCAGGACCAGGCCCCAGCCUGACAGAUAACCUCGCAGGCCUCCAGGCAGUAGCAGACUUCUUAGCCAACGAACACGCUCAUGUUUGGCUCCUGUCCCUGGUGGGCUCUGUUGCUGUAGGCCUCAGCGGGAUUUUUCCCCUGCUUGUCAUUCCUAUUGAGGCCGGAGCAGCCCUCAAAACAGAAGCUGGUUGCCAGAAACUGAAACAGCUCUUGAGCUUUGCUAUUGGUGGUCUCCUUGGCGAUGUGUUUCUUCACCUCCUUCCUGAGGCGUGGGCGCUCUCUGGCUCCCCAGCUGGUAAACAAAACCACUAUGUGACCCAGGGCCUGUGGGUAAUCAUUGGCCUGUUGGCUUUCCUACUCCUGGAGAAGAUGUUUCCAGACCAAGACAGCCACGAGGACCCCAUUUCAGACUCAGACCUGAAUUUUAACUCUUCUACACAGUCUAAUUCAGUUUUCAGCGAAAAGGCCGUGGCAUCACUCCGAAAUGGGCACCAUGUUGAGUCAUGGAAAUCCUCCAAGCAACAGAGUCUGCAGGAAAGAUCAGAGAAAAUCAAGACAAGUGGUUACCUAAACCUGCUGGCUAACUGCAUUGACAACUUCACUCAUGGGCUGGCAGUAGCAGGGAGCUUCCUGGUUAGCAAAAAGGUUGGAUUCCUCACCACCUUUGCUAUCCUGCUUCAUGAAAUCCCCCAUGAGGUGGGAGACUUUGCCAUUCUGCUGAGGGCCGGGUUUGACCGAUGGAGCGCUGCUCGUAUGCAGCUGUCUACAGCCCUGGUUGGGGUCUUGGGAGCCUGCUUUGCUCUGUGCAUUCAGUCACCAAAAGGCACAGAAAAUGCCACUGCGUGGAUAUUGCCUUUCACUUCUGGAGGAUUUCUCUACGUUGCGCUGGUGAACGUGGUGCCUGACCUGCUAGAGGAGUCCAGUUUAAGACACUCCAUCCUGCAGAUCCUGCUCAUUUUCUGUGGCGUGGCAGUGAUGGCCCUGCUCUCUGCCAUCGUUGGCUGAACAUGGAGGCCUUACCAAACACUAAAACUCAUCACUGGAGAGAAAUCCUCUCUCUUAGGGGUUGGUUCUCCACCAACCCCUAAGAGAUAACACCUCUUUGAUAUUAUCCUCAUCAUGUUACACCAAAAUAAAUGUCUGACAAAAGAGUGGCACUUUAAGGACGGAUGACUGAAAGGAAGACCUUGUCAAUCUGCUGGCAGGACAUUUUUGUGAACACUUCAACAUGUGCCAGACUUAAAUAUCAUGGGAAGUAAGAGGGUAUGUAUGGAUAUCUGUUACCAAAUUCUUUAUAUUGUCGAUCAGAUAAUCAUGUUAUUUUGCACAUACAUUUACACAGGUACACCUGACGUACCUGCUCCACAGAACAGGUGUUAUAGAACUUUUACAAGGACCUCCUUAUUAGAAAUGUAUUGAACCCUAAAUUGUUUAAACAUUAUAUGUGUUUGUUUCUGUUGUGCAUCUUCUGUUUCUGAUGUAGCUGCUGCAUAUUUAUUGAAAAAGAGAAAAGCAACCCAGUUUUAUCAGACGUCUACCGCAACCACCACGCCAUAAUGUUGUCUUGUUAAGAAAUAAGUGUCAAGAAGUCAGGAUGGUUGGUUACACAAAUGUUGGCUCUAAGCCAAAGUGUGUUUGUUUUUUUUUUCUAGUUGUAUUUCCCUAACAGAGUGUAGUCUGCACCUUCUUUUAGCACAAACUGGUGCUCACACCAAACUUUUGUUUAAUAAAUAAUUGUGAUAAAGUUGAAAUUAAUUGGAGAGUAAGAGCGAUACUGUUUGUAUUCGGUAUUCAGUCUUGACUUAUACUUGUUACUAGGAACUCUGUGAGUCAUGGGACAGAUUACAACUCUUAACCAUGCAGGAUUGUUCAUAUGAUUAUGUUGUUCACUCCUCUCUUGCUGAAAAUUUCCACUCCUGAGGAAAUAAAUUUCUCUAUAAUCUGUAUUUUAAAAAAGUCUUUUUAAAACUGUAUGACAAAAAAAACACAUACUGGAGACAGUAUGAAAAAUUGGUACUCAGCCGUUAUAUUGAUCUCAGUGGGAUUAGGAUAUCCCGAUUAUUGAUUGGUAGACCUGCUUUAAAGGUGCUGAGGUAUGCCCAGUGUGUUAAAUUGACCUCACCUCACAAAAACCCGCCCACCAUGAGCAUGUUUUUACUGCAAAGAUCCUAUGCUUGAAAUGUCAUAUGGGAGUGGAGGGAGGGGGUAUUGAUUGUGCGUUCACACUUGUCCAAUUUCAACCCAGUCUGUUUGGCAAGCUUCUGUUGCCAUAACGACUCCACCGCAGGUUGCCUUCCUUAGUCAUCAGCCUGCGAGCAGCCUAUUGUCUGUGGGAGCCUUCCUCAGUCACAGCACAGAAGGACAACAAACAACCACUAUGUACAUUGUAGUGGGAGAUGUUCAAUGGGAAACAGUGCAAAUACGCGAGUGACAAAUCUUUCAUUGAUGCUCAGCUAAAUUUCCAUAACUCCAUAGCUUAUUCUAAGUGUUUAAUUCUUGGAGUCUGGAUUACAAUAUUUGAUCUUGUGGAUGACAAAUAUAACUUUGCCGAGGAUGGGGAUGUCCCCUCUGUUGUUGUGUGGUAGAAAUUAAGCAAUAGCAAGAUGCAAUCAAGAUGCAAUCAAGAUGCAGUGAGAAGUUUUAACAGGGCACUUCACCUGCCCACAAAAAUCCUUUAAAUUUCCCAUCAGCUGCUUUUUGAUUUAACGCCUGUGCUGAAGUCGGCAUCAUAGCAAGAUUUCAUAACAUCAAAACUGAAUGUUUCCAACAAGAACCAAGCUUUACAAGUCACACACACACGAAAACAGUCAGUCACAUCAGGAUUUUGCUCUGUAACAUUGUUCUGUACUAUCAGGAAGAAUAUAUAUUUUUUAAAAACCCACAUAAUUAUCCAAUACACGAUAUGAAAUAUAGCUGUAUAAUAAAUAUAGUGUUGUAAAUUGACUGUGCAACAUUAUAUAUAUAUUUAAAAAUGCAUUUCCAUCAUCAACUUCAUAGUGAACUGUAAUAAAAGAAAAAUGAAGCUUUGCAAACAAAUCAUUAAAAAAAAAACAUGAGUUCCAGUUUCACAAUUGAAUGUUGCUUAUUUAUUUAUUUUCAAAGCCAUUGCAGGAAAGCAAUUUAUGUACAGUAUCUUAAAUUUCAAACCCAGCACCUCACUAGCUCUAUUUAUUUAUUUAUUUAAGGCCUUAAAAUGCUUUGCUGUACUCUGAUGUUAUUAACUGCAAACAGCAUCUCAGGCUGGAUCAUUAGCAAACAUUUUUUUUUUCUGCUUUAGUUAAGUCCACUAUUGUCUGCACCUGCCACUGAUAGAUCUGAGUGAGUGCAGAUUUGAUUUUUAACCCUAUACUGUU